AUGGCGAGAGGUGUGCGCAUUGGCUCGAAGCUUGACGUGCUGAAGAACCUGCGCUCGCUGCUGCGCGUGACGCGCGCGCGCGGAUCGCAGGAAUCCAUCCGCGAGUGCAAAUUUUCGCAACAGAUCCUCGCACAGUACCGAUCGCGGCAACACGAGAAUGACCGCGCCAAAAUGCGCGCAUUUCGUGCCGAGGCCAGUGACUACUUGAUGUUGCUGCAGGGCGUCGAGGAGCAGCGUUAUUUGUGGGCUCUCGAUGCUGGCGUGGAGAAGAAACUCACAGGACAAGAGAUCGUCAAUGCCUCGGCGCGUCGUGUAGGUCUUGAGGUGCCUGAAAUGUACGCCGAGAAGCAAGCCGUUAGGGAGCGGAAGAAGACGGCCAAAAACCUCGCUGACAAACGGGCAAAGGAAGCUGCUGCGGGUCAGUAAACGGUGUCCUAAAGGUUAUUACGUACCGAGAUGCAGUCUACAGUCCGAAUAGAACAUAAGGAGUGCUGUAAGCUGAGAGAUAUCAACGUAUCUGAGCUCGUUAAA